AUGGCUGGGGGAAACCACUCGAGUGUGACCGAGUUUGUCCUCGUGGGCUUCACCAACCUGCAGGAGCUGCUUUUUGGGAUUUUUUUGCUCACCUACAUCACCACGCUGGUGGGGAACCUGGGGAUGAUCAUCCUCAUCAGGACCAACUCGCAGCUUCACGUGCCCAUGUACUUCUUCCUCAGCCACCUCUCUUUGAUGGACAUCUGCUGUUCUUCAUCCAUCACGCCGAAGUUCCUGUCAGGUCUCCUUGUAGAGAGAAAUGUAAUUUCUUUCAAUGGUUGCAUCACACAGUUUUACUUCUUUGCGGUAUUUGGCACCACGGAAGCCAUCCUUCUGGCUGUCAUGGCGUAUGAUCGCUACGUGGCCAUCUGUGAGCCUCUGCGCUACUUGGUUGCCAUGCCCCAUGGGGUCUGUGUCCAGCUGGUGGUGGGCUGCUAUGCUGCCGGGAGCCUGAACGCCCUUGUGCACACCAGUGGUCUCCUCCGACUCUCUUUCUGUGGCCCAAACCUUGUCAAUCAUUUCUACUGUGAAAUGCCACCGCUCCUGCUGCUCUCGUGCUCCGACACCUGGCUCAACAAGACUGUGAUGGCCGUGUGUGUUGGCUUCAUCAUAACAAUCUCAGUCUUGGCCAUCGUUGUCUCCUACUCUUGCAUCCUGCUCGCCAUCUGGAACAUCCGCUCUGCGGAGGGCAGGCACAAAGCCUUCUCCACCUGCACCUCCCACCUCAUGGUUGUUGCCCUCUUCUAUGGCUCUGCGGCUUUCUUGUAUUUACAUCCCUUUUCCAGACACGCAGAAGACCAAGGGAAAACAGCCUCCGUCUUCUACACCAUGGUGACCCCCAUGCUCAACCCUUUCAUCUACAGCCUGAGGAACAAGGAGGUGAGGAGCACCCUCAGAAGAGCUACUAACAGGCUCCUCUCCUGCAUGUAUUCCCACUAG